CAGUUUGGUGGUGAAGUGAAUAUAGUCCUGCCGAACCCCAGACUGGCACAUCCCACUGUCCUACUCCACCCAACUGCAUAUCUUUGGGUGGAGCAAAACAGACCUUUAAAAGCUGCGUGCGGUGACCUGCUGACUAACAGGACAAGUGAAAAACUCAACAAGGCAAAAUGGUUGUGUGGACAGACUUCGAGCGCACCACGAUCCAGGACAUCUUCUCCAAGAUCGACUAUGCGGUCGUUGGACAAGCAGCUUUUUCCAGGUGUCUGAUUGUCUACCCCUGGACUCAGAGGUAUUUUGGUGGAUUUGGAAACCUCUACAAUGCUGCUGCCAUCACAUCAAAUCCAAGGGUUGCGUCUCAUGGAAAAGUUAUCAUGGAUGCUCUGGAAAAAGCCGUGAAGGACAUGGACAACAUCAAGGCCACAUAUGCAGAGCUGAGCGCGCUGCACUCUGAGAAACUGCAGGUGGACCCUGACAAUUUCAUGCUCCUGGGUGACUGCCUGACCAUUGUGGUUGCUUCCCAGUUGGGUAAAGCCUUCACUGCUGAGGUCCACGCGGCUUUUCAGAAGUUCCUGGCAGUGGUGGUGUCCUCCCUCAGAAAGCAGUACUACUAGAGAGCUACAGAUGCCCAUCACAUACUCUGUUUUUUAAUCAUGUCUUAAAGAGGCUUAAAUAAAUAAAACAAUGAGCA